AUGCCCUCUCGCAAUUACGCUCCCAAAAUCAGCUACAAUUCCAGAGAAAUCAACAAAAUCCAGCCCUCUCGCAAUUACGCUCCCAAAAUCAGCUACAAUUUUAGAGAAAUCAAUAAAAUCCAUGCCAACGUCGAGAUUCCACACUCUACAACAAAACAAUACGCUGUCAACCUCAGCCUGCAACACCUCAUAGACCUCCUCAAUACACAUUCGAAGGCUUUAACAAAUCAUCUACUAGAAUUCUCCCCAAUCCUCCUCAUCGAUACGAUAAUCUCCAAUUUCGCUGUCAAGAUCCUACAUAACGUUCAACCUUUGACGUAUAGGAUUUACAUCGAGAUCACAGUCUUCCCACUUAACAAGACUACGAUACUUAUUAUCCGGAGAAUUCUAUUCGUAUUCAAUAAGCAGAGCGAGAUAAAGAGCUUCGGGGUACGGUAG